AUGUCUGGACGCGGCAAACAGGGUGGCAAGGCUCGUGCCAAGGCCAAGACCCGCUCCUCCCGGGCCGGCCUGCAGUUCCCCGUGGGCCGCGUGCACCGGCUGCUCCGCAAGGGCAACUACUCGGAGCGGGUGGGCGCCGGCGCCCCGGUGUACCUGGCGGCCGUGCUGGAGUACCUGACGGCCGAGAUCCUGGAGCUGGCGGGCAACGCGGCCCGCGACAACAAGAAGACGCGCAUCAUCCCGCGCCACCUGCAGCUGGCCAUCCGCAACGACGAGGAGCUCAACAAGCUGCUGGGCCGCGUCACCAUCGCGCAGGGCGGCGUCCUGCCCAACAUCCAGGCGGUGCUGCUGCCCAAGAAGACAAAGGCGGCGCCAAGCGCCACCGCAAAGUCCUCCGGGACAACAUCCAGGGCAUCACCAAGCCCGCCAUCCGCCGCCUGGCCCGGCGCGGAGGAGUGAAGCGCAUCUCCGGCCUCAUCUACGAGGAGACCCGCGGUGUGCUGAAGGUGUUCCUGGAGAACGUGAUCCGCGACGCCGUCACCUACACGGA